CACUCUAUCCUCCUCCUUCUUCCCCGGCGGCGUAUCUCUUCUGAGAGCGGGUUUCGGUCUUCUGCUCUAUGAGGGCCGAGGGUCGCAACCCUCAACUCCCUCUCCGCCUCACCAAAGCAUCCAGCAUCCAGCAAGCAUCGCACGCACAAAUCUACUAUUCAUCUCUACACUCCACGCAACAAAAAGAACCUCACCCCAAUCCUCCAACAAAACCGACAAAACCAAAAAUGAAAUUCCUCGCCACCCUCCUCACCGCCACCACCCUGAUCACCUCCACCACAGCCGUCUGGACGACCCUCGAAGGCUCUAACUGCUCCACCUGCUCCGCCAACUCCUGCAUCUACCGCAUGACUGACAAACGCUCGGACGACCGCAUCGACUCUGACCAAGAAGUCGCGUGCUACCGUGGCCACGUCGUUCUGCAGCGCUCGUUGACCAAAGGGACAACGGGAGUCCCGCACUGCCGCAUCUCGUUCCAGGGCCCGGGUGAGGACUGCAAGUUGAAUGGGAAGGGUGGGGGCUGGAACCCGGCGGUCGCGGCGAGGAAGACUUUAGGGUUUGAUAAGCCGCAGCAGGUCGGGGCCGUGUACUUUUCGAGGGGAUGUCGGGCUGGAGCGACGAUUAGGAGCGAGAUUAAUAACUUUUGUAUGCCUGGGCGGAGGGAUGGGAAUGCGACGGUGGUGGAGGGUGAUGUGAAUGUGGAGGCUUUUGAUGGACCUGAGGAGGAUAUCGUUGGGGAUUUUGUGGGAGUGGAUGGGGAGGAGGAGACCGUCGUUGAGGAGGAGAGCACAUCCGAAUAGGACAUUGGUAUUGGUUUUCCCUUCAGUCGGCGGGUGCUCCAACGUAUUCGUGUGCCCCCCUCCCUUCCCCCGUUUUUCUCUGUAAAUCAUAGACACCUUCGUAGAUUUCUCCAUUCUAUAUUUGAUUUUUAUAUAGCUGUUUCCCACUCCUCAUGUAUAGCCUUUUUGUGAAUAGCAAUUUCCAUUUUUCUCUCAAAAUCUCCCUCUCCCAUCCUCUUGUCGCAUGUGUGCUGGGAAGGAAACACUCGUG